GGCGCGGAGCGAGCCCUCGCCGGCGCUUCCUCCUCUCCGCACCCAUCCGCUACCCUCUCGCCUGCGCACCACCACCACCUCUCCCAGCUGCUCGCUGCUCCCGCCGGCGCAGCGCCUGUGCCAUGUCCUCGCCGCCGCGCGGUGCAGCCGCCUCUGCCUCUGCCGCGCCCGCUGCGCAGCUUGCCACACCGCCGCGCAGCCGCAGGGCCCGCGAGCCCUCGGCCUCGUCGAGUGGCUCCAAUAACGCCCCUAGCAUGCCGGCCUCGCCCGCCGCCUUUGCCGACGCGCGCAGCAGCGCCAGCCACGGCGUCCUGCCCGUCGCGCCGUCGCGCUCGUCGCGCAUCGGCGCCUGGAGCGCCUCCAGCCACGACGACGACGGCCGCUCCGUGCACACGGCCUACACCGGCCCGCCCUCGCCCUCUGCCGCGCGCCUCUCCGACGCUGCACCGCUGACCAGCGAGGUGACGCUUGGCUCAGCCGCACCAGACACGCCUACUCGGCACGCUCACGCGCGCCACGCUGACUCGUCGCCGUCGCGAGCACGCGGCGUCGGCAACGCGCUCCUCGGCGCCGUCACGGGCGAGGUCAUGAUGGGCGGCACCGGGCUCCUCUCGCAGCCGCAGGGCUCGCACGGCGGCAUCGAGGCCGCCGAGGCCGAUGCGCAGUACGCAGCGACGCAGCGCGGCAUUGAGCAUGCGCACCAGCUCGAGCACAGCAGCCCCACGGCGCGCAGCCGCGACUCGCAGGCCGGCAGCACGAGCGACGAGGACCGCUCGCGCGGCGACCACGCCACGCCCGGCGAGAAGGGCUCGCCCGUCGACCCCGGCCUGGCGCCGCUGGACAAGCAGGUCGCGCUGCAGAUGCACGGCUCGUCCGACUCGCUCUCGCGCCGCUCGCACGACGAGCCGCUGCAGUACAAGGCGACGGUGCGCGAUCUCUUCCGCUACGCGACCAAGUGGGAUCUCUUCUGGAACGCCAUCGGCAUUCUGGCGGCGUGUGCGGCGGGUGCGGCGCAGCCGCUGAUGACCAUCGUGUUCGGCAACCUCACUACCUCCUUCCUCGACUACACCAACUCUGCCGCCGACCCGAGCGCGUCGCCCGAGGCGGUGCUGGCCGCACGCGCGGAGCUGCAGCGCAACGUCAACAUGGACGCACUGCUGCUGCUCUACAUUGGCAUCGCCAUGUUUGGCGCCACGUACAUCUACAUGGCGUCGUGGAUGUACACGGGCGAGUCGAUCACGCGGCGCAUCCGCGAGAACUACCUCGCCGCCGUGCUGCGCCAGGAGGUGGCGUACUUCGACCUCGUCGGCGCGGGCGAGAUCACGAGCCGCAUCCAGUCCGACAUCCAGCUCAUCCAGGAGGGCAUCUCGGACAAGGUGCCCAUGUCGUUCAUGUUCCUCGCCACCUUCGUCACCGGCUUCGUCGUCGCCUUUGCCAAGUCGCCCGCCCUCGCCGGCGUCAUGUCGUCGAUUGUGCCGUGCAUCAUCGCGGCGGGCGCGCUCAUGAACGUGCUCGCGACGAAGCACCAGCAGGCCGAGCUCGCGCACGUGGGCUCGGGCGCCUCCGUCGCCGAGGAGGCGCUCAGUGCCGUGCGCACGGCCAAGGCGUUCGGCAUCGAGGCGCGCCUCGUCGAGCUGUACGACACGUUCAACCACGCCACGGUGCGCACCGGCCGCGCCAAGGCCAUCAUCAACGGCGCCGGCAUGGGCGUCUUCUUCUUUGUCAUCUACUCGUCGUACGCGCUCGCCUUCUGGUACGGCUCGAAGCUCAUCGCCAGCGGCAACAUCCCCACGGGCACCGUGAUGAACGUCGUCUUCUCCAUCCUGAUGGGCUCCUUCUCGAUGGCAAUGCUGGCGCCCAACGCGCAGGCGUGGGCCUACGGCCUGUCUGCCUCGAGCAAGGUCUUCGAGACGAUCGACCGCACGCCCGACAUCGACUCGUCCAGCGAGGAGGGCGCCCGUCCGGCGCGCUGCGAGGGCGAGAUUGAGAUCCUCAACGUGGCUUUCCGCUACCCGGCGCGCCUCGACGUGCCCAUCCUCGAGAACUUCUCCGUGCACGUGCCCAAGGGCAAGGUUACUGCGCUCGUCGGCGCGUCCGGCAGCGGCAAGAGUACCAUCGUGUCGCUCGUGGAGCGCUUCUACGACCCCGACGCCGGCGCCGUGUUCCUCGACGGCCGCGACAUCCGCGACCUCAACCUGCGCUGGCUGCGCACGCAGAUCGGCCUCGUGUCGCAGGAGCCGACGCUCUUCGCCACGACGAUCCGCGAGAACAUCGAGUACGGCCUGCUCAACACGGCGUGGGAGAAGGCCGACAAGGAGAAGCGGGCCGCGCUCGUGCUGGACGCGGCCAAGCAGGCCAAUGCGCACGCGUUCAUCGAGGCGCUGCCCGAGGGCUACGAGACACUCGUCGGCGAGCGCGGCUUCCUUCUGUCUGGCGGUCAGAAGCAGCGCAUCGCGAUCGCGCGCGCCAUCGUCAAGAACCCUGCCAUUCUUCUGCUCGACGAGGCCACGAGCGCUCUCGACACGCAGAGCGAGCACAUCGUGCAGGAUGCCCUCGACAAGGCCUCGCGCGGCCGCACGACGAUCACGAUCGCACACCGCCUGUCGACGAUCAAGAACGCCGACAACAUCGUCGUGAUGGGCAAGGGCACCAUUCUCGAGACGGGCACGCACGAUGCGCUGCUUGCGCAGCGCGGCGCGUACGCGGCGCUGGUGUCCGCACAGGCCAUCCGUGCCAACACGACGUCGACCGAGGCCAUCUUCGACGACAAGGCCGAGCUCGAAGACCUGCGGCGCCGCACUGCCGAAGGGCUCGAGCGCACCAAGUCGCGCCAGAGCUUCAACUCGAUCACCAGCCAGCUCAUGCGCCGCAAGAAGGAGGAGCGCGACGCCGUCAAGGCGCCGCGCCACGGCCUGCUGUACCUGCUCUACCGCCUGGCCAAGAUCAAUAAGGGCCACAUCUGGUCGCUGUACGGCGUCGGCUUCGUCGGUUCGUUCCUCUCCGGCGCCGUGUACCCGCUCUUUGCCCUUCUCUUCGGUCGUGCUCUGCAGAACUUCUCGCUGUGCAGCAACCUGCCGCCGGGGCAGGGCUGCCCGGAGCCCGUGCGCACUGAGAUGCGCUCACAGGCCGACCUCAACGCGCUGUACUUCUUCAUCAUCUCGAUCGGCUCGACGUUCGCCAUCGCCGCGCAGAACCACAACCUCAUGCUGGCCAGCACGUACCUGAUGGAGCGCGUGCGCCGCCUCUCGCUGCUGGCGUACCUGCGGGCCGACGUGGCCUACUUCGACGAGGACACGCACUCGUCGGGCGCGCUCACUUCGGCCAUCUCGGAGAACGCGCAGAAGAUCAAUGGCCUGGUUGGCGUGACGAUGGGCACGAUCCUGCAGUCGUUCGCGACGCUCAUCGUCGGCUACAUCAUCGGUCUUGCGUACGGCUGGAAGCUGGCGCUCGUCUGCAUCUCCGUCACCCCGCUGACGCUCUCGGCCGGCUUCGUGCGCCUCAAGCUCGUCAUUCUCAAGGACAGCAAGAUCUCGGCUGCGCACCAGGCGGCUGCGCAGCGCGCGUGUGAGGCGUCGGGCGCGAUCCGCACCGUCGCCUCGCUCACCGGCGAGACGCACUUCCACGCCGUGUACCGCGACGAGCUCAAGGGCCCGGCGCGCAUCACGCACCGCGCGGCCUUCUACUCGACGAUCCUGUACGCCAUCUCGCAGGCACUCGCGUUUGGUGUCAUUGCGCUUGCCUUCUGGUACGGCAGCGGCCUGCUUCUCGACGGCGAGAUCACGUCUGGCCACUUCUUCACCGUCCUCACGGCCGUCAUCUUUGGCAGCAUUCAGGCGGGCAACGUAUUCAACUUUGUGCCCGACAUCUCGAACGCGCGCGGCGCCGCUGAUGCCACGAUCCGGCUGCUCGACAUGCGCCCCGAGAUCGACUCGGAGAGCACGGGCGGCACGGUGCUCGAGCACUGCGAGGGACACGUGCAGUUCGAGAAGGUGCACUUCCGCUACCCGACUCGGCCCGGCGUUCGCGUGCUCGGCGGCCUGCAGAUGGAGAUCAAGCCGGGCUCGUACUGCGCGCUCGUCGGCGGCAGCGGCUGCGGCAAGUCGACGACGAUCCAGCUCAUCGAGCGCUUCUACGACCCGAUCCAGGGCCGCAUCCUCAUCGACGGGCACGACAUCACCGAGCUGAACCUCAAGUCGCUGCGGCGCCACAUUGCGCUUGUGUCGCAGGAGCCCACGCUCUACGACGGGACGAUCGCGUACAACAUCCGCCUCGGCGCCUUUGAAGACGCGGACGACGUCACCGACCAGAUGCUGCAGCGCGCCGCGGCCAAUGCCAAUAUCCUCUCCUUCAUCGAGUCGCUGCCGAACGGCUGGGACACGGAGGUUGGGGGCAAGGGCACGCAGCUGAGCGGCGGACAGAAGCAGCGCAUUGCCAUUGCGCGGGCACUCAUCCGUGACCCCAAGAUCCUGCUUCUCGACGAGGCGACUUCUGCGCUCGACUCUGAGUCCGAAGCAGUGGUGCAGGAGGCUCUGGACAAGGCCGCGCGUGGGCGCACAACAAUUGCGAUCGCGCACCGCCUCUCGACGAUCUCGCGCGCCGACCGCAUCUUCGUGCUCAAGGACGGCGCCGUCGCCGAGAUGGGCCAGCACUCGACGCUGAUGCAGCUUGGCGGCAUCUACGCCGACCUCGUCUCGCUGCAAGCGCUCCAGAAGGAGGAGUGAUCGCUCCGCUGUCGGCAUCUAUAUGGGCUCCCAGUCACCGUGUCAUACCUCUCUCAGCGACCAGCCUUGCGCGUGCGCAGGCGUUCUGGACCCGCUCGUCUCGCUGCUCAUCUACCCCGUACAUUCUUCCCGGCGCGUACACCAUUGCAUCUCUAGUCUCCGCACCUUCUCUCGCAUGCGCGCCUCAGACCAAUCGACACAUUCAGUGGC